AUGGGCCCUCCACCGCUUGCAAUCCGCAACCUCAGCUCGACCCCUCUGGAGCUCAAGGUGAUAGAACGCUUUGAGAUCCCACAUGUCGAAUCCAAGGGUUUCGCCAACAUCAGUCGCAACGUAACCCACUUUGUUGUCUCGAAUACCACUGGCAACGUUCCUCCAGAAGGACCUCAAUUCGCACCACUUACCGUCAACGCACAAAGCUAUGGUCAACAGGAAGUGUCGAUUCCCAUUGACCCUUUCACCACCAACAAGACGGACAUCAAUACUGCCGAAAGAUCAGAAAAGGAUGUACUCAGACUUACUUUCGAGCAUGAUGGGCAGCGUUAUCGUGUGGAUACACGCACGACCAGACAGUCUCAAGAAUUGAUCCCACUGGACCCUGACCCGAGGAAACAGUAUACGGCCAUCUGGAUCGACAAGGAGAGUCAUCUAGCCAUCUACUCAUCUGCAAACAUGAACUGCUGGAUGAAGGAAAUGGCAGACGCAACGCCACUAUCUGGUCUCUCUAUCCCAGGCACGCACAACAGUCCCACUCAUCACAAAGCACUGCCUUCGGUGCGCUGUCAAGCAGUAUCUCCAAAAGAGCAACUGCGCAAUGGCGUCCGCUUCUUCGACAUCCGCGUGCAGCCCGAGAAACCUGAGGAUCCCAAUAACGAUGGACUGGCACUUGUCCAUGGUGUCUUCCCCAUCUCACUCACCGGCGCAAAGCCCUUCCGUAAACUUGUCAACGACAUCUUCGACUUCCUCCGCGAAAACCCGAGUGAAACUCUGAUCAUGAGUGUCAAGCGUGAAGGCCCCGGCGAACACACCGACGAACAGUUAUCUAACAUCCUGCAUCAACACUACGCCAACGACCCUUCUCUCUGGUUCACAGAACCACGUAUACCUUCCCUGCACGAAGUCCGCGGUAAAAUCGUCCUCAUGCGCCGCUUCGCCCUCACCGAGCCUCUAACCCACGAACACGACAAUGCAGGCUGGUGUCUCGACGCCCAAAACUGGGCCUACAAUACCCCUUGCGAUAACCACGGAGCCGUCUGCGUCCAAGACUUUUGCGAAGUCCUCGAGACCGAAAACAUUGGCAAGAAAAUCGAUUUUUGCUGCGAGCACUUUGAGAGAGCGGGUGCGCAGGUGUGUCCUGUGCCUGGUAUCACUACUGAUGCGGUCAAUCCCGUGCCUCCUGGCCCGCUGUACUUGAACUUNUUGUCUGCGAGUAACUUUUGGAAAGUGGGGUGUUGGCCUGAGAGGAUUGCUGCCAAGCUCAAUCCGGCGGUGACGGAGUUUUUGUGUACGAAGCAUGAUACGGCGGAAGGCGAUAAUAAAGGGGAUGGUGGUGUGGGUAUUGUGGUUACGGAUUGGGUGGGCAAGGAUGGUGAUUGGGAUCUGAUCAGGUGUAUUGUUGGCAUGAACUCGCGCUUGGAGCUUAGAGAAAGGCAACAGCAGUGA